AUGGCGACGAAAGCUAUGGACAUAGUAAAGAAAAUAAAUUCUGGACCAACGGGACCGAAUUUAUGGUUCGGCCUCAUUGCAUUGAUAACUGCCGGCGGAGAACAGGGUUUUUCAUCGUUUGCCUUCAAGUGCCCAUGCAACGACUGGAACUUUACUUACGGAGCUGUAUCUCUUCUAGUACCCGCACAAGUACUGCUGAUACUGGGUUACAUGCUACACAACAAAACAUGGAAACUGUUCACAGGAUUGUGCCGUCGCAAAUCUAAGUUAUGUCAUUUGGGCAAUUUCACCGCGCUGAUGCAGAUCACCGUCACUGCACUGGUCGCGCCCGUUACCUGGAUUGCAAUUGCGCUCCUAAAAGGAGAAUAUUUUGAAUGUGCGAUGACAGGCACUAACGCUACGCUUUUCGUGCGUCACUUUUGUCAUAAAAGUAGCGCUCAGUGUCAAACGGAGCUGCAAAAGUUUCCUUGUGGCAGAAGUACCACAGUUUCACAAGCAGAGAGAGAGGCUGUCUUGGCGUCAAUACGGGCCCAGUCACAGGUUUUAGGAUGGCUUCUGAUUGCGUCCUUCAUAAUGUUACUUUUUGUACUCACCUGUUGGACCAGGUGUGGCUCUCCAGUCAGUUACUUGCAGCUUCAGUUUUGGAGGACUUAUAGAUUGAAGGAACUUGACUUGUUUGAACGUCAAGCAGCCGCCCGUGCUGCGGAACUUGCUGAGAGAAACACAAAGUCCUUUUUUGAACUGACGAAAGCCGAAGCGCUGAGGAAUCCCUCAAGACAGGCUUGGGAAAAAAUCUCUGCUCUCGUCAGUUACAGUAAUUUUGACGAGUACUAUAGCUCCUUACACAGGUAUGUAUGCACUUCACAGGACCCAGAAAAUCCUAUGAAAAGGUCGGAAAACUCAGGGGGGAUAGCACUGAACCGUUUGCCGAGUCUUGAUCCCGACGACACGAUCCGGAUGAUGCUACCGAUGGAAAUAGCCGAAUGA